AUAGUCUGAUCUGAACCGUCUGCAAUCCUACUUCUCACACACCUACCGACGUAUCAAGUUGUCGUCUAACCAUUGUGCAUAUUUAACGGCUUUUUCGUUUAUCCAUUUGUUGCGUUUGUAAUUUUUGCGUUGGAGAAAAAAUGGCAGACAUUCCCUCCACUGUGGACGGAGCAUCGGCGGAAACUGCCACUGCUAGUGGCGCUGUAGAAUCGUCAUCAAAAAAAGAGCAAAUCACCGAAAUUGCCAUGAACCUAUUGGUACAAGGUCGUCGCCAUCUCCUUGUAUCUGAUAUUCCAUCUGCCAUUGCUGCUCUAGCAGAAUCAUCUCAGUUACUUGUUGAGCAGUAUGGAGAGUUUGCAGAUGAAUGUGCUGAGUCCUACUACUAUUACGGCAUGGCUCUUUUGGAAAUGGCUCGAACCAAUACUGAUGUCUUAGGAGAUGCUGUAGAAGGGGAAAAAGAAGGUGAAGACAGCUCUGAAUCGGAGGAUGAAGAAAAUGGUGAUGAUGAAGACGAAAGUGAGGAAGAAGAGGAAGAAAAGGUUGCUAAUGGAGAGAUGAAGACAAAUGGAGAAGCUGAGAAAUCAGCGGAAUCUGAAUGUAAGGAGAACAUUGAUGGUUCAAAAGAGGAAAAAUCAAGUUCUGAGGAUGCUCAAGAAAAAAUGAAACCUAAAGAAGAGGAGGGAAAAUCUGGGGAUGUCGAAAUGAAGGAAAGUUCUGAACAGACAAAAGGAAAUGACUCAGAGUUGAACUCGGACAGAAAAGCUCUUGAAGAUAUUGAUGGAAAAUCUGAAGAAACAAUUGUUGCAAAACCCAAAAAUGAAUCAAAAGGCAAAUCUUUGAAGGCUGCUGGCCCUGCUACAGGAGACAAAGUUGAUUCUGCUGAUGAAGAUAUCACAGCAGAUGAAGUUUCAAAUCUUCAACUUGCUUGGGAAGUCUUUGAAUUGGCCAAAAAUAUUUAUCAGAGGAAAGCUGAAACAGAUCCGCUAGCAAAACCAAAGCUGGCCGACGCUCUUAUUAGAUUGGCUGAAGUAGCAAUUGAAUCAGAAAAUUAUGCGUCAGCAAUAGAGGAUUUGCAAAAAUGCCUUGAGAUCCAAAAAGCGUCAUUCCCAGCUGAUAGCAGAUCUGUGGCCGAAACGCACUAUCAACUUGGUGUCGCAUACACAUUUACGACCGACUUCAAGGAAGCUGUGAAUAGUUUUGAAGCGGCGGCGUCUGUAAUCCAACUUAGAAUAGAAAACCUCAAGAAUCCUGCGGAGAAAAAGCCAUCCAUGGAAGAGCCUAAAAACUUGUUUCAUACUAUUGAGGGUGAAAUUGAGGAGCUGGAAACUUUGUUACCUGAUAUUCGUGAAAAAAUUGCCGAUACAAUUGAUUUGGAGAAGGAGGCACUUCGCAAAAUUGCCGAAAACGGCACAAGCGAACCAGGAACAUCUACCAAUUCAGCUGCAGGGAAUGGUAGUAUGGAAACUGAGGUGGCUACACUUUCUGGAGAAUCACCGAGUGCAGGAAAGCCUGCCACCGAUAUCACGCACUUGAUUCGAAAAAAAAGAAAGCCAGAGGACAAUGCUGAAACUGAUGCAUCGGCAGCCAAAAAAAUCUGUCCUGGUGUCGCUGUUGCAGACGCAGCGGUUGUUUAAUCGUCAGAGAAGAUGGAGUAUAACUUCCCCGUGCUCUUCUCAACUCAGUUUUAAAACUUGCUAAUAUUAAUCGUACUCGAAUAAUACAACCUACAUGUUUUUCGUAGUA